AUGGCAGGUUUGAUUAGUAAACCAUUUCAUGAGUUAACCGAACAUAAAAGAGGAUUAGCAUUUAUCCGACUCGGGGAUGGAGAAAUGAUGCUUAUGUUCGGAACCGCGAUAAAUGGUAUUGAUGGAUGGUCAUGGGCAGGUGGACCAUCACGAUUAGGUCAAGAUUUACGAGAGGCAUUACGCCAUCCAAAACACCUAUACAAUGCGGUAAGCCCGUUUUAUUAUGGAAUAUAUGAUGUCAAUAGUAUUUGUCCUUUUCAUGAGCUACUAACCAUGAUUUACCAACACCCAAAAUACCUCACUUAUACAAACUUAUUCGUCAAUUCAAACUAUCCAGCAACUAAACUGUUGCAUCGAGCGCUAAUCAAAGAUGAACGAAAAAAAAUCAUUCUGAUUAUAAACAAUGGAACCAGUAAGAAAACAAUGGUCGAACUGAACGAGUGGGUAGCAGAAAUUUUGCAUUAUCCCACCGAAGGCCCAAAGAUGUGGGAAGACGAUAAAUUACGUAAGGAAAUGAUAGAAAAAAUUGUAAGGGUUGCAAAACGCUACACAAACCGACUUUUUGCUUUUUCAGUAGGACCUCUAUCAAGAGUUUUAAUUUACUAUGCAUGGUUGCAAAAUCCUUAUAAUCGAUACAUAGACUUUGGUUCCACAUUCGAUGAGAUAACCAAAAAUAGGAAGACUCGACCUUACCAACGAAAUACAGAAAUGAAUCGCGAUCCGACCUAUCUGGUGAAAUUCAACAUAAGCACGAAUCAAUUUUAUGUAAGGGCUAUUGACUAAACAGGCGAUAAUGUGAUAUUUCAUGCAGAGCUGUUAUGAUCAUUAUCGAAAAUUAGAGCUGAAAAUACUUUUAGUAUGCCAAAAGCGACAAGGUCUGAACUGCAUAACUGUGUACAAACUCGACAACUAAUUUCUGUUUAUGCAUCUCUCACAUGACGAAACAGCUCCAUAAUAAUAUAGAUUUGCUCAUGGAGUUAGUGUUGUCUUUCUUUGAGUUACAGGGUGAGUGCGAGUGCCACUAGGAUCCUUAGAUGUGGGGUGGAAUGCAAACCUUUAGCCAUUGGCACAGGUGCUGGUAUCAACCUGGGCAAUGCAAAGAUUACAUGUCUAUCAAAUAAUGCCAUCCCCCAAACUGGACAUCCAAACCGCCCUACACUGGAAACCGGAUCAGCCGAUGUGCCAAUUACCAAUAUAAUCUGUUGGAAUCUUUCAAAACGGUCCGACUUUUAUCGUUUGUCUGCUAGCUUCUUUUUUUGAUUUGUUAGAGGGCGUGGGUGUGAGUGUGAGUGUGAACGGGUGAAGGUGCGGAUGAGUCUGUGGGUGUGAGGUGUGGGUCUGGCGCUGGGUGUGGCUGUGGCUUUGGGUAUUCUCUUCACCCACAUCCACACUCGCACUCAUCCACCGACACCUACUCAUACCCACAUCCAUAUCCAUACCCGCAUCCAUACAUUCACAUCCACCCAUACCCACUCGCGCACCCAAAUCAAAACCCGAACCACACCCACUCCUACACCCAUAUCCACUCGUACCCCCACACCGACACCCUCACCAACACUCGCACACUCAUUCACACCUACACCCACACCCACACAAGCUCGACACCGACAUCCAUACUCACGCCACCUACACCCACACCCACACACGCUCGACACCGACAUCCAUACCCACGCCACCUACACGCACGCCACUUGAACGCACACCGACACCCGCUCCCACUCGCACCGACCUGCUCCCCACACCCCACUUCGACACCCACACCCGCAGCACUCACGUCCACACACACUCACACCACCCGCACGUACACCUGCACCCGCACCCGCACCACAGCCACACCCGCACACAGCUACACACUCACAUCUUCAGCGACAUAGAGAACAUUGUAGUACCGAUGAUUCGUGUUCGCGAUUUUAGUGUUCCGUUUCAGCGGCGCACUACCUUCUCGACCGUUGGUUAUUAUUAUCAGUUCAAUUGACGCGAAUAAAUUUUUCGGUUUUCAUAGUUUGAGUCGCGUAAAAGGAUGGCUUUGUGAGAGAUUACGUUAGACGAGUGAGGGUGGGUGUGGAUGGGUGCGGGUGUGGCUGUGGCUGUUUAAUGGCUGAUGCAGCAUCAGCCAUUAAACAGCCACAGCCACACUCGCACCCACCCACAGCCACAGCCACACCCAGCCACACCCACACCCAUACUCACACCCACACCCACACCCACACCCACACCCACACCCACACCCACCCACAC